CACCUGUGAAGUCUAACACGCUUUCGGAAAGUUCGAAAAGUAUAAAAUAUUUAAAAUGGUGCGAGCUUGGUUUAUGAACUAUGACACGUCUGUUGAUCAGAGAGAACCUCAUCAGUUCGACCCCCCGCAGCCAGUAAGUCUCGAAGAACUGGAAAAACUCGGUCUAUUAUACUUUCAGAUCAAAAACACAGAUGAUGUGGAAAAGGACGAGGUGUUACAGAAGGUGCGUAAGGAACGUGGCUACUCAUAUGAAGAUCAUAUCACCUGCUCAAGGGAGAAACUUCCUAAUUAUGACGAUAAGCUAAAGAUGUUUUUCACAGAGCACCUUCAUGCUGAUGAAGAGAUACGGUUGUGCACUGACGGCAGCGGUUAUUUUGAUGUACGUGACGGAAGUGAUAAGUGGAUUCGUAUCCAACUAGUUAAAGGAGAUAUGAUAAUUCUGCCGGCUGGAAUAUAUCACAGAUUUACCCUUGAUUCCAAUAACUACAUUGAGGCGAAACGAUAUUUUGUUGGUGAACCGGUCUGGACACCACACAAUAGACCAAAUGAUGAUCAUCCUGCCAGAAAACAAUACUUACAGUCCCAUGGUGGAGAAAACACCACACAGACAAGAGGCUAGGAUACCAGCAUGUACACCAGCAUUUACAACAUUGAUAUGAUACCAGGCAUUCAUGUGCAAAAAUAACUUGUAUACACUUUAUAAUAUGCUGUAAUUUUAGAGGGAAAAAAAAUCAAAAUGUGGUAAAUCCUCAUAUUUCUUCAAAGCAUUAGAUUAUAAGCAGCCAUUACUGUGUAGUGGAAAAUGGCAGUUGAUUUUCAUUUGAACAACAUUAAUUUAUGGUUGUUUAAGUAUUUUAGAUAUUAUUCUAGUAUAUUUUUACACAAAUUGCAGUAUGCUAUUUAAUGUAAUAGUCGGGUAAAACACUGUAAAUGUAUAAAUGUGCUAACUAAUGUAUCUAGGUGGAGGGAUUCAACUGUACUUUAUCAAAGUUAUAUUAAGAAAUAGUAUAUCUCAAACAGUGAUUUGUCAGUGAAUGAAAUCAUUGUUUGUCAUUAAUGCAUAUUAUAAUUAUGUCCCUUGGGCUGCUCCAGAGUGAUAUAAUAGUGUGCAUUUGAACGACGAACAGAAUUAAUCACUGUUUGAGAUACGUUAUUCCAAUUCUAAUAUGUUAUCAAGAAUUAUUAUAUACAUCUUUGAAGAUAUUUACCAAAUAUUUGCCGGUUGUGUUUGGUUUUCUUUUUGAUGUUUGAUCUUACCACAUUAUAAUUUUGACAUACAAAUAAUUGCAAUUUAUGCCUACCGUACUCUCUUGAUAUGCACCUGUAUUGACAUUCUGUAUCGUUAGACAUGUUUGACUCAAAAGUAAGUUUACACAAUCACAAUUUAAUUCCAGAAAAUAAGAGACAAGCAUUUUCAGAAAAAUACAAUUAUUCGUUAUUUCAAUGAAUUUAAAAAAAAAGAAAGUUGAUAUGCUGAAUUUUAAUCUUACACUAAAUCUAUUUGAGCCAUGCCAUGAGAAAACCAACAUAGUGGGUUUGCGACCGGCAUGGAUCAAGACCAGCCUGCGCAUCCGCAGGCUGGUCUGGAUCCAUGCUGGUCGCAAACCCACUAUGUUGGUUUUCCCAUAGCACGGCUCAUUUAUAUGUUUCUGUCCUCUAUGAAGUUCACUUACGUUUAAUGUCAAAUAUAAAAAUGAAACUGAAAGGAUAGGCUACUUGUAAUCUUUGAACUGGAAGAAUUUUUCAGUAGCUUUUUGACAUCUAAUAAGCAGGUUUUCAAUUUACUUGUGGAUUUCACGUAACAUGUUAGGUUUUAUCAUUAGAAAUCUGAGUUGGUUAUAUUGAUGUUUGAAAAUUCAAUUUUAGUGUUUAUCAAAUUAUGUUUGAAUACGCAAUAGGGUUGUGUGCAAAGCGAAAUGUUCUAAGAUGAGUUACAAAAUACAGUUGAACUUUGUAUGCUCGAACUCAGAUCAUUCGACACCAUCCUUCUCUCACAGUCAUCCUCAAUUCCAGGCAAAAUUCCUCUAAAAUUACCAUGUAUAAUAGAUAGCUUGAACUGCCGAUAAUUCCACCAAAUUUAGACAAUCCCGUUGAGUUCGAGUGAACAGAGUUAGACUUUAAAUACAGUAGAAAUUCCAUUUUUAUAAAUAUGAAGAAUGGGUAUCAAUUUCUAUUACAAUUUAUUAUAUUUAUUGAGCAGCAUAAGCCACUAAGUGUCGGAAUGAACCAGGCAGAUUUUUGGUCUGUCAGCACCUCACAACACCUUUGCAGUGUAAAGCUAAAAUUUACUUUGUAAACUGAUUUUUAUUGGGAAAAAAGGGAGUCACAGUUAUUUGACAAAAAUUGAAAAAUAAAUGUUACACUUGUAAAUGGCUGUUCAACUUGUACAAAAUUUGGUAGGAAUUGUAGGCCAAGGAAAUGCAUAAAUAAAACAUGUACUAUAUCAAUAUGAUGCAGGCGUCUUUGAUUGACUAAAAUCAGCCAAAAAAGUGUUAUUUUUUAUACUUACAGCAUUUUUGUUCUUUUUUUCUGCAAGAACAGUGAUAACAUUUGUUUGUUUAUGUAACCUAUGCAGACUCCCUUGGGCUAUGUUGGUACACUCUCCUAUGCACCAACCAGUUUGGUCCAGUUUUUCAGAUGUUGUUACACAAAAACAUGGAAUAACCAUACAGUAUCAAGGAAAUAGCAGAUCCAGAUAAGUUUCAGAUUAGUGAUUUCUGUUGGGUUAUGAAAUAAUGUGAAUGUAGGUGGAUUUAUAUUUCCUACUGCUUUAAUGUUUCUUUUGACUCCAGAUCAUGUGUAAAGUAGAACUUACAUGGUAGUUGAUAAAUGUUUUUACAUACAUGUAGCUGUGUGCCAUUUCUGUUAACAAUAUUAUUUUGGAGGCAUUAUUUUAAUGUAAUUUUACAUAUAGAUAAACAUGUAAUCAAAGAAUUAAAUAUUUUGUUUAAAAUGGU